GGAGGGGCGCUGCCGUCGAUUGAUGAGCUAAUGGCGAGGCUGCGGGACAAGUCUCAGCUGCAGUUGCAGAACGCGGAACGAGACCUCUGCAUGGUGCUCAACGCGCUCGCCGCCCGCCUGGCUGCAACCGCACGCAAGGUAUCCGCCAUGGCAACCAAACGUGCGGCUCAGGAGGCGGCGGGGGCCCUGCCCUCGCCGUCAAAGAAGACCCCUGGAGAGGAACAGCGGCCACAGAAGCGAGCGAAGAAGCAGACGGGGGCAACGACAACUGCGGCGGCGGCGGCGGUGGAGGAUGGCGAGGCGGCGGCAGGGGCUGAGGAGGCGAAGGGUGGUGACGCGGCUGCUGCGGAGGGGGAAGCGGCGGUGCCGGCGUUUCGAUACAAUGCCAGCGGCAAGAGCGCGGCCGAGCUAGCUGAAGACGGCCAACGCAUGCUGCGGGAGGUGGCGGAGAUGCUUGAGACCAGUUGGGCGGUGGGGGAGAACGGCAUCGAGGCGGCGGAGGGAGCUGCGGCGGCGGGAGAGGGAGAGGGCGCAGCAGCAGCAGCAGCGGGGGAGGGCGGGGAUGUGGAGAUCCAGGCGGCGGAUGCGAGUAUCAGGGCUUGGCGUCUGGUGCAGGCCCACACCUCCCAGCUCCUAGCCGACCUCCUGACCGCACAACCCGAACUCGUCACUGCGGCGCGACCUGCGGCCCCGACUGCCGCCGCUGCUGCGGCCGCUACCUCCACCGCCGCCGCCGCUACCUCCACUGCCGCCGCCGCUACCUCCACUGCCGCCGCCGCUACCUCCACUGCCGCCGCCGCUACCUCCACUGCCGCCGCC